CAUCCUGAUGGCUUUGGGGGCCUUGCUUCCAUUUUCCAUUAUUAUGUGGACUACCGGAGCGACAGCGCAGUCCAAGACCUUGCAGGUUUGUGAUGAGGAGGGAGCUCACAUCUUCUCUCCGCUUCUUCAUCCUCUUUUUAAACCAAUUUAGACGUAGACUUAGUCCCGAUUCAGAUUCAAAUACAUGAUUAGCUAACGGGAGUGAGUAAAGGGAUAGCCAAAAUUAGUUUUAGUGCCUGCCAGUUGACUAUGUAAGGAAAAGUAUUUUUUUCCGUUUUGUUUUGUUGGAUUUUUUUCUCCUUCUCAGCAGGCGUUUUCUGGUGUGUUCUUUCGCGAUAGACUGACAGCAAAAUAUUCUAUUUUUGUUUUAAAUCGGAUAUUCGUCUGAUCAUUCUUAUUGCUGGGAGAUGGAUCCGCAUGAUGGAAUUGUCACUAUCGAUAUUCUGCCACUUUGCCUGGUACCACAAUUAAACUAAAUAGGCUAGGUGGAAAGAAAAUUUGAAAUUUUAGACAUCCUCAUCCUAUCAAAUCUGAAAGCGUUCACUAUCAUAGGUUACUGAUGGUUUAAAAAGCGCUCCGCAUAAUUGGUGAAAUAAGAACAGGAUUACGACAGGUAGCGUAUUUGCUUUGUGUUGAAUGCAAUAUAUCAGAGCGAAUCUGGGAAACUUCAGCGGUUUUCUGUAGGAUGUCGCGCCGCAAGCAAGCUAAACCAAGAUCCCUGAAAGUAGAAGACAAUGUGACUGAGGACCGGCUCACCCCAGGGCAGACUGCCGUAGCAAGCGAUCCAGACUUCGGCCCGGAGGGGGUGGCAGAGGAUGUGGAGGACGGCCGUCUGAGGAAGAGGCGUCUGUCUCCAGAGCAGGGCGAGGAGGGGGAGGAGGACGACGACGAGGAAGAGGCCGCUCUGCACAGCUGCGACGGCUGCCGGCAGGUGUUCGAGUCACUGAGCGAUCUCACCGAACACAAGAUUAAUCAAUGCCAGCUGACAGACGGAGCUGACCUUGAGGAUGAUCCUUCCUGCUCUUGGCCCGCGUCUUCCCCUUCCAGCAAAGACCAGACGUCCCCCGGCCACUGCGAUGACUACGACUUCGGUGAGGAGGAAGGCGGCCCUGGCCUGCCCUACCCGUGCCAGUUCUGCGACAAGUCCUUUAGCCGCUUAAGCUUCCUGAAGCGCCACGAACAGAGCCACGGCGACAAGCUCCCGUUCAGCUGCACCUUCUGCAGCCGCCUCUUCAAGCACAAGCGCAGUCGCGACCGCCACGUCAAGCUGCACACCGGCGACAAGAAGUACCACUGCGGCGAGUGCGACUCGGCCUUCUCGCGUAGCGACCACCUCAAGAUCCACAUGAAGACGCACGCCUCCAACAAGCCGCACAAGUGCCCCGUGUGCCGGCGCGGCUUCCUGAACUCCAGCUCGCUCCACGGACACAUGCAGGUGCACGAGCGAGGCAAGGAGGGCGGAGCGGCGUCCGGCCGGGCCGAGACGCGCAAGUGCGGCCGCUGCGAGGAGGGCUUCGACGUGCCCGAGGAGCUCCAGAGGCACAUCGCCGAGUGCCACCCGGAGUGCUCCCCUUCGGAGGAGGGCAGCACGGUGGGGCCCGGCCUGCAGUGCAUCUACUGCCACGAGCCCUUCGGCGACGAGGGAACGCUGCUGAGCCACAUUGACCAGGCGCACGGUCGCGAUCGCAAGGACCACACGUGUGCCGUGUGCUCCGAGCACUUCCCCACCGCGGAGGAGCUCUACACCCACAUGGAUGUCCACCAACUGCCGGAGUCCAGCAACCACAGCAACAGCCCCUCCCUGCUCACGGUAGGCUACACCUCCGUCUCCAGCACCACGCCAGACUCCAACCUCUCUGUGGACAGCUCCACCAUGGUGGACACAGCUCCCCCAGUCCCUAAGACCCGCAGCAGGAGGAAGAGGACUGCCCAGCAUAGCUCGGACAUGCCCAGCAGGUCAGCCAAACAGUCCAAAAUUGCUUACAGCUGCAUAUACUGCAACAAGCAAGUGUUCUCCAGUCUGGCAGUGUUACAGAUCCACUUGAAGACUAUGCACCUGGAUAAACCGGAGCAAGCCCACACCUGCCAGUUCUGCUUGGAAGUGCUGCCGUCUCUGUUCAAUCUGAAUGAGCAUCUGAAGCAGGCUCACAAUGCUGAGGACCCCUCCGCUCUGCUGGCCACGCUCUCCGAUGCCCUGCUUCAGUGCAACUUCUGCACCGAGGUACUCGGCGACCUCAAUGCCCUCCAGGAGCACAUCCGCUGCUCACACGGCUUCCCCAGCCCCGUGGCCAAGGAGAGUAACGCGUUUUUCUGCCCCCAGUGCUUCAUGGGGUUCCUGACUGAGGGUACACUGGAGGAGCACGUGCGCCAGACCCACUGCGACUCGGGCAGCCUGCGAUUCGACUCGCCGAUGAUAGUCAGCUCCAAGGAUCCCAUCGUGGAGGUCUACUCCUGCUCGUACUGCACCAACUCGCCCAUCUUCAACAGCGUGUUGAAGCUGAACAAGCAUAUCAAGGAGAACCACAAGAACAUCCCCCUGGCGCUGAACUACAUGAACAACGGAAAGAGGUCCCUGAGGGCCCUGAGCCCCUCGUCUCCCAUAUCUGUCGAGACGGCUCUGCUCAAGCACGCCACCUCCUCGCGUUCAACAAGCGAGUUCAUCUGCAACCAGUGCGGUGCCAAGUACACCAGCCUCGAUCUCUUUCAGACUCAUCUCAAGACUCACCUGGACAGUGUGGUGCCCCAGCUCACCUGCCCACAGUGCAACAAAGACUUCCCCAACCAGGAGUCUCUGCUAAAGCACGUGACCGUUCACUUUACCAUCACCUCCACGUACUACAUCUGUGAAAGCUGCGACAAGCAGUUCACCUCGGUGGACGACCUGCAGAAGCACCUGCUGGAGAUGCACACCUUUGUGUUCUUCCGUUGCACGCUCUGCCAGGAGGUGUUCGACUCAAAGGUCUCCACUCAGCUCCACCUGGCGGUGAAGCACAGCAACGAGAAGAAGGUGUACCGUUGCACCUCCUGCAACUGGGACUUCCGGCACGAGACGGACCUGCAGCUGCACGUCAAGCACAGCCACUUGGAGAACCAGGGCCGGGCGCACCGCUGCAUCUUCUGCGGCGAGUCCUUCAGCACGGAGGUGGAGCUGCAGUGCCACAUCACCACGCACAGCAAGAAGUUCAACUGCCGCUUCUGCAGCAAGGCCUUCCACGCCAUCAUCCUGCUGGAGCGCCACCUGCGGGAGAAGCACUGCGUGUUUGAGGGAAAAGCUCAGAACUGUGGCACCAAUGGCUCCACCUCAGGCGGUGGCGAAUCGGUUUCCAAGGACGACCCCGAGCUGCAAGGCCUCAUGAGCAACAGUCACGGCAGCGUAGGAGGAGGAGUAGUACCUGGGGAGUCGCACAACAGCCCCAUCGGCAGCGAGGAGGACGUGGACACAUCGGAGGUGAUGUACACCUGUGACAUCUGUGGGGCGUCCUACACCAUGGAGUCUCUCCUGACCAACCACCAGUUCCGAGACCACAACAUCCGCCCUGGAGAAAGCGCCAUGCACAAGAGGAAGGCCGAUAUGAUCAAGGGCACCCACAAGUGCAAUGUCUGCUCCCGGACCUUCUUCUCCGAGGCUGGCCUCCGGGAGCACAUGCAGACCCACCUGGGGCCAGUUAAGCACUACAUGUGUCCCAUCUGUGGCGAGCGCUUCCCCUCACUGCUCACCCUGACCGAACACAAGGUCACCCACAGCAAGAGCCUGGACACGGGGAGCUGCCGCAUCUGCAAGAUGCCCCUGCAGUGCGAGGACGACUUCCUGGAGCACUGCCAGAUGCACCCGGACCUCCGCAACUCGCUGACGGGCUUCCGCUGCGUCGUGUGCAUGCAGACGGUCACCUCCACCCUUGAGCUGAAGAUCCACGGCACAUUCCACAUGCAGAAGACCGGAACCAUGUCCACCAACCAUCCGGUCGGCCGCUCGACGGUCAUGCCCCACCUGCAGGCCCAACACCAGCACCAGCAGGCCCAAAAGUUCUUCAAGUGCGCCUCCUGCCUGAAGGAGUUCCGCUCCAAGCAAGACCUGGUAAAGCUGGACAUCAAUGGGUUGCCGUAUGGGCUUUGUGCCGCCUGCGUUAGCGCAGCCGGCAGCAAGAGUUCCAGCCCCACUAUGAACGGAGCCAAGCAGCAGCAGCAGCAGCAGCAGCAGCAGGGAGUCUCCGCGUCCUCAGGGAAUGCCGUCUCCUGGGGUCAGAGAGGAGACAGCCUCAGCCCCAGCGACGCAAAGGGCAAAGCCGCCUCCUCUUCGUCCUCGUCGACGUCCUCCUCCUCGUCCGCGGCUGCAAAGACCCGGUGCACUAGCUGCACUGUGAAGUUUGAGUCGGAGGCCGAGCUGCAGACGCACAUGCAGACAGUGCACAGGGACCAGGCCGGGGACGGUAGCGGCGGGCAGCUCCGAACCCCGCAGGUGUCCCCCAUGCCCAGGGUGAGCCCGGCUCAGACCGACGAGAAGAAGACCUACCAGUGCAUCAAGUGCCAGAUGGUUUUCUACAGUGAAUGGGACAUUCAAGUUCAUGUUGCCAAUCACAUGCUUGAAGAGGGGCUGAACCACGAGUGUAAGCUGUGCAACCAGACCUUCGACUCGCCCGCCAAACUCCAGUGCCACCUCAUCGAGCACAGCUUCGAGGGCAUGGGCGGCACCUUCAAGUGUCCCGUGUGCUUUACAGUAUUUGUUCAGGCGAAUAAGCUCCAGCACCAUAUUUUCUCAGCCCAUGGUCAAGAGGAUAAAAUCUAUGACUGCUCCCAGUGCCCACAGAAGUUCUUCUUUCAGACAGAACUGCAGAACCACACACUGAGCCAACACAGCAGCUAACAAGGUGAUGGUGCCCCCCUCUGCCAACGCCACAAUCACAGACAACUCCAUCGGAGGAUGAAGACGAUCCAUGUGGCUCUGUCCAUUUUUUGCACUGAACUCCAGUUUCAGUAACAGAUUGUUUUUCCACAAAAGUGAAAAACAAACAAACAAAAAAUUUUAAAAAAAAGACACAUGACCCAAGGUCUUUGUGAAUUGUAAUGUUCAGUAACUGGCUAACGUGUAAAUAAUGUUCUUUAUGUGUUGCUAUUCUUCAGCUAUCAAACAGUCUUGCAUUUGCCAGUGUAAAAAAGUAUUUCUUACAAAAAAGUUAAAUAAAAUGAACGAAACAUGGCCAUUGAAAUGAAACAGUAUGGAAAUGAAACAGUAUAUGAAACAGACAUCAGGACCAGUCAUGGUGGACACAGUUGUGUAGUUACGGCUCUCAACAGCGCCCCACUCUAAGCUUGCCUCUGAACUCGCAGAGAUGGAAUGCUCGAUCACCAGCAAACUGAAGCCUGCCAUUUUGUGAAUUACAUUUCACAACUUUUCACAGUCACCUCAGUUUACAGGGCAAGCUGAGGGCGCGCGGAUCAUUCAAGCGUGGUCUGUCAAUGUACAGAAAAUAAAACGAAACAGCAUUCUGAUAUAUGCAAACCCAGUGACUCAGUGGGGGGAGGGGAGAAGGGGCCAUCUCUGGGAGAGAAUAGCCCCUGCCAAUCCUCAGAGCAGUUACCACUAGCAUGGCAGAAAUGUCUGCUUCUCUGAACAAACCUGUAUAUUUCUGUUAUUAAUGUUUACUGUUUGGCCCGAAGUCUGGAUUGUCUGGAAGUUUCCUUUCAUCUUUGUUAUAUCAGUAUAUCACAAUGGGGGUGGGGUGGGGGUGGGGGGAGGGUAAUGAGCUCCUUUCAGUUCAGUCUUUCUCAAGGGGAGGUCACAGAGGCUUGUCCCCUACUCUCCCUGAAGCAGCCCUACCUUUGACUUAUUUUAUGUCUGAUCCGUUGCGUCAUAGAGGCAGGUGAAAGGCAUUGUUCUAUAGUCUGUACAGUAUCCCUUAACCCAGCCCCACAAACACCCAUAAGUUCCCUUCUAUACCAGUUUUACAUUCAUUGAACCUGAGAUGCACUUUUGUAUGAAACUUUCAUGCUUGGACGUUCUUGUUGAGAAAAAAAAAUGUCAUUACUGUCUUGAGAGAAGACUUCUACCACCUCAACUGAAAGACUCUGGUGAAACAAAAUGUAUCAUGAACCGAAACCUCUGGUGUUAAUUAAAAAAAUGUCAUGUACAAAUAUGAACUGAGAUCUGAAUUUGACAGACCUCCUUUUUUGUGUUGCACAUGUGAUGAAAAUAUUAAAACUGUAUGAUGAAAUGGCUUUGCAGUCCCAAGACCCGUGCUUGUUUGUGUGUGAAAGAGAGAGAGAGAGACAGAGAGAGAAAGAGAGAGAGAAUAAGGCCAUUAUAUUUCUAUUACUGUCUGUGUAUGAAAACAUCGCUUUACACACUAUAUUUUGACAUGUGAAUGAUAUUGACACUUAACAAUAAAGUGUGAGUAAAAAAGG